AUGUAUUGUGCUGGUUUCAGGCCUGGAUUUGACCGGCUUGUUAAAGCAGCUACAUAUGCUUUCAAUGCAGCCACAGGUGGAAAGCUUUGGAAAAUGCAAGAAGAUCUCACUCGUCAAGGAAAUCUCCCAGCAAUUGAGGACUUCUUUGCAGAACAAUUUUCUGGAUCAUCCUCCUAUGCUUUUAAAUCUAAUGCUGAAAUUGCCGCGAAUUUCGAUAAACUACCUGGAAGCAACAAAUUCCAAUGUUGGCUUUGCAAGGGUCGGGGUUUCACAGAUAAAGCAGGCCAUUCAAACGGUAAAACUCACAAAUCCAAAGUUAAAGGUGCAGAAGAAGCUCAGAGAAAAAGGAAUAUUCGAGUAGCUGGUUUAACUGCUGAAGAUCGUAGGAUGGUGGCAGAUGAUGUGGGGUGGGAUGCGCUUGCGGACGAUAUUCAUGUGCCUGAUGCUGGACCAGCAAACGAAAUCGAUGAGGCCAAUGAAGUUGAUAUGACAGCUUGGCUUCAGGCUGCCAGUCCAACUGGAAACGAAUCUGACAAAGAGGAUCUAAGACCUUUCAACUGGCAAAACUUCCUUGCACCUCCCCAUGAUGACGACCACAACAGCAUCAACAGUGAAGAAGAUGAUGAGGAAAUAGAGGAGAUCCCUCUUGCUUUGGAAAAUGAUGAUGAUGAAGAAGUAAACAAAUGGUACCCUUUUGAAAAGAAAGAGGUAAUUAACUCGCUUUCAUUACCAUGA